AUGAGCUCGUUUCCGACAAUAUCGAUUUGGUUCAGCAUUUGGAGAUACAAGACCGGGCAUUCACUCAUAUUUUACGCUUUGCUGCAGUAAUUUCGCUCGCAGGAUGCGGCUUUCACAGGAGAACCCUGGUAAAGGUUUGUAGGUUUCUGCAUUUUUCCGUUCAACUCAGUGAAGUAGGGCUGUGAUAACCAACUGGCUGACUCAGGUCAGCAAUAGGGCUGUAACUGGAGAUGUGACAAAGAUCAGUGACUCUGUAUUCACAGAAAAGUGUUUGGCAAUGAAAUCUUCGCAUGACAAGCAAGUAUUGACAUGAAUUGAUGGCAAGCCAAACAAGAUGAGUCUUCGCCUUACAGAUUUCGGCACGUUUAAUGAAGUGGAUCAUAUUUCAUUUUACAAAUUUACCAUUUCGAGUUUUAGCAAAGUUGGCGAAAACAAAUUAUCCAGGGCAUUUAGAUAUGCUGGUCACAUUUGGAAGCUACAAAUUCGUAAGAAAAAUGAACAUUUGGGAUUGUUUGUUAGGUGGUAUGGAACAAAAAUGGGACAAAAAUCGCCAAUCAAGUGCCAGUGCAAAACUGGGCUUGAAUUUUAUGUUAUCAAUCAAUUUGACGGCUCAAAAACAGUGCAGGAGGGAAGCAUUCUGGAGGAUGAUAUCUACGAACGGCCUGGGUCGGGGAUAGGCUAUGGAGAAGUCAUACAAUUGCGAUAUUUAGAUAACAUCCCUGGAUACUUAAUAAGCGAUACAUUAGUGGUACAGGUUAAACUGAAGGUAAAAACUACGACUUUUCUGGACAAAAUUCAAGUAACUUCGAGACCAGGCAGGAUAUUUGUCAGGGGUCUCAAUUUCUCGUUCCAUGGUGCUGAAUGGUCUUUAAUACUCUUUCCGAAAGGGGAAGUUGAAGACGAUGAUUUUGAAGAUGAAAACAAUGAGGAAGGGAAAAGUAGAACCAAAGAAACUGAAAAGGCUACGUUGUAUCUAUCACGGGAUUCGGUUGUCAACGACAACUCUCAGCUGCGUCAUCAUGUUAGAUUUCUACUUUUUGUUGAAGGUGGGCCUAGUUUUCAGAUUGAACAGAACUUCCACGAAAGACAGUCACAAGUAUUUGGAACUGGCUACCUUAUGUCUGCGAAGGAGCUUCAAGCUUUAGGAUCCAAUGGUGUUAUUAGAGUUGGUGUUACGUUCGUGGAGGUGCAACCGUAUUUCAAUUUUGCCUAUGAUUUUCAAGAUCCUGAUUUUGCAGGCAUAAACCUCAAAGAUCAACGAGACUUUCCUUGGUUAGUCAGAGUUUACUCUGAAGAAAAUAACGAUGAAGAAGAACAGUUGUUCUGUGAUCUUCAGAUUGAUCCGCGGUCUCAAUGCAAGCAGAUCAAGGCGCUGGAGUUGAGAAACAAACAGCUUAAAACGAUUUGGUUCUUGCGAGUUAUCAAUUUUCAGAAUGCAGAGAUGAGUGUAGAAGUUUGGUCUGAGAAGGAUGGAAACGGUGCAGACAGUAGUGUUUACAAGCAUGCUGGGGAAAUUCACUCUAUGCAGUUACCAAUUAGAAGAAACCAGGUCAAUGGCGAAAAGAGCCCGUAUGUUGAUGACGAUGGCCAGUCGUGUAUCCAAAUCAGUAUCGUUAAUUCAAACUACAUUUGUGGUGCAAGUGAAGUUGCCAUGACUGUUGAUGACGUAGCAGCCAUUGCUUUUUAUCAUAACAAUAUUUCAAACGAGACAAAGAGGGAUUACGAAAUUAGAGAGCAGAUUUGGAAAAUGAGUUUAUCAAACCUGGAAGAGGAAAAAGAGGAGAUUUUAAACAACAGCAGAGAAGCAUUAGAUCAACAAGAAACUGCCCUGAAAGACAAAGACGUGAUGAUCAGCUCUCUGCAAGAAAAGCUGACGGUUGUUGAAGGAUAUGUUCACAGUCUGGAGAGUAAUUCUCUCGAGGAUAUCGCCAAGUUCAACAAAACAAGUAUAGCAAAGCUCAUUGAAAAAUCCAAGCCCGAUGCGAGAAAGAUUAGUGAAAUGAAUGAUAUUUUCAAUUGGGUUAAAGAAACUCUAAAGAGCUCCAAAAAUGUCGCUUCUGUGAUCCCAGUUGGUGCAUAUGGUGAAGGAACAGUGACUAGACAUAAGAUGGAACUUGAUAUCGUUGUAUUUUUAAAAGGUGAACUGGAGGAUUCAUUGAACAAUGGUGAUCUGAACCCUUGCCUAGAGUUCAUCCAAAAACGCUUGCAGGAGCCGACAAGCGUCACUAACGGUGGAAAUCAUACGAGUAGCAAAGAGGACAGCAAUAACAACAAUACCGGCAACAGUCAAGGCACAGAAAAGCAGUUUACUUCAUUCAUGCAUACACCAAUAUCACUGAAAUGUAGAUACUCUGAUGUCAGCAUUGUUAUUUACCCUACAAAAAACUGGGGACUCGACUCUUAUAGUGCAAUCUACGAAGCAUCUAUCGGCCUAACAAAGGAAUCUUUAGGAUGUUUCGUAACUGCAACUUCAAAAAUAAGAUCUUCUUUUAUACGAAAUCAAGAUGAACAGUGUCGAGACCUGAUACGCGCUGUAAAGUCGUGGAGAGACAAAAUCAAGUGGAAAACACCACAGAAACGACCCUCCUCAUACCUCUUGUCUUUACUAACAGUCCAAGCAUACACCACGCUUCAAAGGACAAGCAUUUCCAAAACACCAUCUUUCUUCAAAGAAGUUAUACAUGAGAUUGGCAUUUUAAGCAACGAAAAUGAUCUUAUAUUGGAAUGGGAUGAGUUCUAUGACCCGAAAAAGUAUGAAAUGAAUUUCAAGAACCUGCCAUUGGUAAGGGACCCUGCACUGCCAGCAUACAAUGUCGCUGAAUCUGGCAUAGGUGACUGGGCACAGUUUCGCCAAGAACUUUCAAAGUGGAUCAAGGCUCUUCGUCCAUGAUUUCCUGUGUUUGAUAAUCGAGGUUGGAUUUUAAAGCAGCCUCGAAAGAAUCUGUUUCAAGAACUUUUCGGGUCCCUUAUGUCCGGGACCCUUAGUUGUCAAACUUAUUUUCCUUUAACUUGGUUACGUCACUGCAUGCUGAUGGUAUCAAUAAUAAUAGAAUAUUAGUAGUGAUAACCCUGUUUACACUGUUAUGAACGAUGGCCAAGUUAUCUGUUUUUCAAAUCCCACAAACCAUUUUCAGUGAGUAAAGGGUUCAGAAUAACAUUAUAUUGUAUGAUUUUGCGAAGCUGGUGCGUGAAAAUUGGAGACUCUGUAGAUAAACAACGAAAACAGGUUCAAACCAUUUCCGAUUGAGUGACUGAGGAUAAAAAUAAUUCCCUGCUUGCGUCUUAGAACAUAAUUGUCUUUGCAGAAAUAACUUCAAGUGGUAGCCAAAUCUCUGUUUUGUGAAUACAGAAACAAAAAAAGGCAGAAAGGGAUAAUUGUUUCUGUUGUGUUGUGCUGAAUUGUUGUUUUAAUUAACCACGUUAAAUGAACACCGUAUUUGACUUUAUUAGAUAUAUCACCUAGCGUGGUCUUGAUUCUUUAGUAUCUCGUUAAUUUUUGUCACACAAAAACAAAAACCUUGGAAUUUUUAUGUAUAUGUUGGAGUCAUCUAAUAGAUGUGACGGUAAUGCAUCAUGGGAAACGUUUCCGCAUAUGCUUGCUUGAUGGCGCAGCUCGUUUGUAGGCGCAGCUCUGCAAACCUCAUGGUCGAUGUUAGCCAUUCCGCAAAGACUUCAAUCCGAAAAAACUACAGAGUAAAAUAUUGAAAAAUCAUGAUCUCAAAAUACAGUUAUAUUGUGCCAUUUAUCUCUACGUAAAAUCAAAGUAAAACAGGUUUUGAAUUGUAUUAAAAAAUGCCUAGAAAUUUGUUGCCCGCAAUGUGCAUGGCUAUCUUUGACGACGGAUGAUUGCGAGAAGUCAACCGACUUUAUCUUCCCCAGCCACUCUGUCCAGUCAUAUUGCCUUGUAAAGAGUGUCUAAUUCAGCAAGUGACUGUGGGUUAAAUUAUGUACCAUAUUUCCUCUAAAGAACGCCGCGGCGUUUAUUACGAACUCCAAAUUUUGGAUGCGGCGUUCAACAGAGGGCAGCGUUUAUCAGAGGGCAGCGUUCAUUAGAGUAAAUACGGUAUGCAUUUUUCAUUUAGCAUCUAAAUCCUGAUACCUGUACACAAUGGAGUGAAACUCCUGUCUGCAGGAUUCUGAACAAUUUGAAACUUAUUUUACUAUAUAUUGGCAUACUAACCAACAGAAUCAUUACAAUACAAUCUAAAUAUACAAUCUAAUUAUAAUAUAACAUUACAAUCUAAAUAUAACAGCAGCAUGAGUGGAUUUUGCAGCACUUUCUUUUUGAAGAAUUUCUCUAGCUUUGCGAAAGAUAUACAAGUAGCAUUGAGUGUUUCCAUGUGACCUUUGUGACCAAUUUUCGUCAUACAUGACACAGCGAUUCCUUACAGAUUUAAAUGGCUUCAUUAAACAAUAUUCAAUAUUGAUAUGCAGUGUUUGCAUAUUGUUUUUACGUCCUAUAUUAGGUUAUAAGGUUAUGUGAACAAUUGGUUUCACCAGAAAAAGACGUGUUGCAACGAACAUAGUGAAAAACAUAAUUUUUACUUGGGUGUUGUAGUGCUAAGGGUUUUACGUCGAUCUUCAUUGGCAUUUUCUUAGAACAAAACAGUUGUUUCAUUAACCUAAAUGUUCUCAAAACCGUUUUUUAUAUCUUUAAACUUGAGUCUAAGUGGUUAGCCAAAGUUUUUGCUUGUUCAGUGCAAGAAUAACAAAACUGAAAGUGAAAGAAAUGACGUUUUCUUGAUGUCCAAAUUCCAACUGUUUCCUUGCAAACACACGUAUAAACAUUUUACGUGUGGCGACUUGGCUUCCGUUUGGUUUCGUGGAACAACCACUUCUUUAAAGAUUUAGCUUCAAAGUCUUUCACUAAAUCGAAUGGUGAAAAAUGACUCAGUUUUCUAAAGAAACUUUUCUUUUUGGAACCAGAACAAAAUAGCCUCAACUAUUUCUGAGAAAAUGUGAUACUUGUGUAAAUGUUAACGAGAUAUUUUGGAGAGUGACGGACGCUUAACGUUUGUCUAAUUAAGGUAGAUAUGAGAUGUGAGUAAAGCCAUCUUAAAUAUGAUGUAAGAGCAUGUUUAAAAAUAGAUUUGUUUCUUUGAAUGUGUAAACUGUGUUCCGAAAAUGAAUUCCCCUUUGCCAAAACGGAAUUUCAAAAAAGUGUUGGAUGUCAAGGAAACAUUUGCUUAGAAAUUUGACUAUCCUAUAUAAUUCUAAUUGAAUUCUUUUAUACCUUAACACUGAAUUUUAAGAUCACAGGGCAUCAACGGACGUACAGGGCAUCCCAGCUUUUUUUAAAAAUAAUUUAUAAUUCUAUUUUAUUUGAAUUGGCAUUGAGCUAUAUCCAAGAGCAUAAUUGUAUGGAAUGUCUCGUGAUAAAUCAAAAUACUUUCAUGAUUGGUUGUCUAUUAAUAGAUCUGUAAAUUAGCCAAUUUUGUAUCCGUUCAUUCUCUUUAUUUAUGAUUCCACUGCGUCAGUUUUUUAGAUUCUGGUGUUAUCACGGUGUACUAGUGCGUUUAGUAAAUUAAAAAGUCUGGUUUCCACUGGGCGAUUAUCGCAAUAAAGGUGACAACUUUAACAGAAUUUUCGCUUUUAUCGUGAUAAUCGUGAUAAUCGCCCAGUGAAAACCAGGCUUUAUCGCGAUAAUCGCCCAGUGGAAACAAGGCUAAAUGGAAAAUAGUUUCAAUAAUGUAGCCCAGUAACUCAAAUCCUUUUCAACGGUGGUAUUAUCUAUAUUUCAACAUUGAUUAUUCUACAACUUGAUAAUUAAAAUUGUAAAUAGCAAGUUUAUAUUCUAUACCUAGGAUAGUUGAUGCAUGGUAUGGUCCAGUCAAAAGCUUACUGUCAAAGGCCAUCCCCCAUAAAAAGCUACAUUGUUUUGCAUCCUUUCAUUGUCCUGAACGGGGAAGUCCCCAUUGCUUGAGAUCACCUGAUCAAGACAUCCGCACCCCUUUGUUCUCUGUCAUUCCCCAUUGCAAAAUUGUGCAGCAUGAAAAGGGCCCCUGCGCAGGAUAUUUUAUUCUGAAAGUUUGCACAGCAAAGAUCAGACGUUUCAGACAGAGCUGAACUUUUGUAGAAAAUUUAACUGGAGUUAACUGCUUCGUUUGUGUAAGUCUCUCACAGUUAGAGCAUAUCAAUUUGGCGUAAAGGAUGGACCUGAAUGAAGACAUAUUACGCUACUGGCUCAGAUGAAGAAAGCUGAACAGGAAAAGAAGUUUCCGACCUAAAUAUAAAUGCUACAACGGUAUUAGUAUUGUUCUCUGCAGUGACUCCAGAGACUCAAGUUCCUUCUAUUAUACAUAUUCGACUGUGAGCUAAGAGUAGCUGUCUAUAGUCAUUCUUCUGGUUGGAAAGGAGAGAGGAAGAGAUAUGAAUGAACCAUUCUUGAUAGAAGAUCAAGGUGCAAACUGGGGAUGUUGUUCAGUAGAAAACAUCUCAUCAAAAUCUCCAAUUGAAGUUCAUAUUUGGAGCACCUUCUUGAUGUUUGCACCAUCUCUAAGCAUGCCAUUAAAGAACUAACCCAUUCAUUGAUAAAAAUUGCAUUUCUUCCUGAUUCAAGUCCCGAAUUCUUCAGCUUCACAGAGACAUCAGAGGACUAUACCAUAAUUGUAACAAGAGAACAUUUUGAAG